AUGGAUCAAUUCGGUUGUAUCGACUAUGAAGGACAAGAACGCGCUCUUGAUCUCAUGAACUAUAGUCUCCUCGCAUCCACUCUCCUUUCGUUUUUCAUUGGCUUCAUCAGGCAUGAUGUCUGGUUAGCUGUUUACGUCUUCCUUGCACUUUCUGCGUUAUGUCUGGCUGCGAUUGUCCCGCCUUGGCCAUAUCUCAAUCAAGCGAAAGAGACGUAUACAUGGAUUCCUAGUCGUUAUCAAGCAGCGCUCAAGAACUUACAAGCGCAACUAGAUGGCGAAGAGACAGGGAAAGCUGCAAAGUAG